AUGAGUAUUAUUGAUCGUAUUAUUGAAUUUAUUCGAUUACCACCGAAGAUUGUAUUUGAAUAUCAGCAGCUCAAACAGCAUUCGAGAAAAUCACAAUUAAUUGAUUUUAUUAUCAAGCAAUUCCAAGAUAGAAUUGAUACAUUAAACAAACAAAAAGGUCACCUUAAAGUUGAUCUCGAUAUCAACCAAAUCUUUGUUCAACGAAAUACUCUCCAAAAGUCAAUUGGAAAGAUCGAAUUCUCACCUGAUCUCAGUAUGAUAGAUUUCGAAUGCAAGAGAAUCAUUAGAGAUCAGAUCCUUUUGAUGAAAAAUCGAUGGCAAAAUGUUCUUUUCAAACAACUUGUUGAAGAAUUUCAUAUUGAGGAAAGAAAUCCAUUACAAGAUCUUACUGAUAAAAUCAAAAAAGUUUGUGAUAUUGUUCCUGUCAGUUCUUUAAUUAGAUGCUAUUUUGAUAUGACAAGAGACCAGAAAACUUCAUUUAUGGAAAUAAGUGAUGAUCAAAUUUCACUUAUAACAGAAAUUCCACAGAGUAAUAACAAUUUGAAGAUCAUUAAUAAAUCAGAAUUUGAUGCAAGAGAAAGGAAAGAGAAAUUGAAACUCUCACAAAUUUCUUCUGGAAAAUCAAUUAAAGAGUAUAUCAAAUAUUACGAUAUUUAUUUGAAAUUCUGUAAUAACUUUCCAAACACUCUUCGAAGAAUCAAAGAACGUAUGAAGAGAAGAGAUAUUGUCAAAGCUAAUGAGGAUUACACUAAAUUAUACCUCUUAGAUGAUUGGGCUCAAAAAAUUAUUAAUGAUAAGAACAAUCCUCUUGUUUUGAUUGCUCAAAAUUAUCAUGACUACUUCUCAAUAAUUGAUAACAUUAUUUCAAAUAAUGGUGGUGCAAACGUUUGUUUUAUUGUUCCAAAGUCUGUUCCUCCCAAAGUUGCUACUGAAUGGAAAGAAAACAAACCAGAUAAUAAUAAUAAAAAAGAGGAAACUGAAGCUGAAAUGAAAAUUGAGCGUCCUACCACUGAAAAAGCAAGAAUAACAAAAAGUCAAGUAAAAACAGGAACAAUAGGUCAAGGAAAAGGAAUAUCUAGAAUUUCUGUGGAUAGUUCACCUGAUGUUGUUCAAAGAGCAAUUUUGGAAUCGAUGAAGAUGGCAUCAAAUGAUGUAAUCCUUAGGUUCUCAAAUACAAAACUUUAUGAAGAUUCAACAAAAGAGAUUCUUGAUCAAAAUAAGGAUGUAUCAAAUAUUGAUUGUAUUAUUAAAAGUUAG